AUGUCUUCUAGUAAUAAGCAAUCGUCUGUGCUGAAUUUCUUUAAGAAAAACUCUGGUGCAUCAACAUCGAGCAGUAACGACGACAAUGCACAAAAUCCAUGUCCUGAGAAGAAAUCUAAGUUCGUAUUUAGAUCGAAGUCUACAAGUUCAGCACCAUGGACACCACCUGUCCAUCAGGGGAGAAAAGAAACAGAUGAAUCUUGUGCUCUGACUGUAAAUCCUAAUGUACAAAGCAACAGUGCAAAUAAAUCACCCACAAUCCUUCAAAGUCAUCCAGCUCUUCACAAAGUUGUUUCUUCAAAGAGUUUUAAUAAUAACACUGUGGACAACAGUAGUGCAGACAUGUUUGCAAUGGAUUUGGAUGAUGAUAGAGACCUCCCGGCAGUGUUCACUAACGAAAAUAAAACACCAUCACCAGAGAAGUCCAACAAAUCAGUUAGGAUAAGUUCCACACCGAGCCCACCAAAGAGCAAGAAUGUGUCUUCAAAUAAGAGUAAUGUAUUGAAAACUCCAGAGAAUAGUUCCAAAGUGGACAAAGAUAGGCUAAGGAAUAUAAAAUUAGAUCACUCGUUGUCCAAUUUCCUGAUCCAAGUGGCCAAACAUCCUGCUAUAAAGAAAAAUAAGGAUUCGUCAUUAGAUGAUAUUGACAAAGAACAAUGUAAGGAUAUUUAUAUAGAAUUACUAGAGAAAAUAUUUGACGCAUUUGAAAGAAUACCAAAUUGUAUAAAAGAAAAGUUCCCUGGAUAUGAUAAAAAAAUAUAUGCCAGAAUAAAACUAUUUAAACAUAAAUUAAAAUUAGUUCUGAGCAGUACAUCUAAUAAUUAUAACACAUCACAAAAAGAAGAUAAAUAUUGCAACGGAGGUUCAUUGAAUGAUAGUGAUGUUAGCCCUUAUUUACAACUUAAGCAAGAAGAUGAUUUAGAUGACUUUGACCUGGAAAGCAGUAGAGCUAAUAAUAAAAGACUUAUAGAAAUAAAUUUAAAUAAUGCUAGUAAUCCAGAGACCUCAACUCCAGAUCUAUGUUUAAAUAAAAAUGAACCAAUAAAAACUAUCUAUUCAGAACUAACAUCCAAGAAAUCUCUGUCUUUUGAUGCACUUUCGCCACUAAACAGCUCAGUUAAGCCAGACACGGACAUUCAAUCCGAUGUAGAACCUGCAGGCACAUCAGAAGUCAAUAAAACAAAAGGCAAAUUUGUUUUUAAAAAACCUUCAAGACUUACUAUGGAAGAAAAUAAAAUAAACCUGAAUAACGACAUACAAUCAUCUACUGCAGAAAGGAUAAAAAAUGCACAAGACAGAUUAAAACCAGUAGAAAAGAAUGAACCACCCAAAUAUGUGCCAAUAACAAACAGUUCUGUCGAGUUUCAACCUCCACAGUUCAGUAAAUCUUCUCUUAUGAAUCUUGACACAAAUACUACAGAGUCCUCACAAGAACUGAAAAAAGAAUUUAAAUCCGAAGACAAUAAAGAUGAUUAUAGCUUAAAUAUUAAUGAAGAGAUAGAUGAUUUACCAGAAACUUCAGGUACAAGUGUUAUAAAUAUUAGCGAUUCGGUUUCUAGUAAUGUAGAAAUAAUUAAUAGGAAACAGAUAGCCGUUGACGAUGAGGGCUGGCCCGAAUACAGGAUGGAGGACUUCGAGGACAAUCUUGUAGACUUGUCGAAUGAGCCUAAAGCUUUCAAUUUAAUGGAACAUUCUGUGGUUAGGGAGGAGAAUAGAACUCAAUACGAAGGAAUUGGCGAGUUUCAAAAUGACACACAAAAUGAUGGCAUAACAGGUGAAUUCGACGGCACGCACUACCCCCACUCAGCCUUGAUGCAAGAAACAUUCAGAGAGAAAUUCGGCUUGAAGAAGUUUCGGACGAACCAACGGCAAGUGAUCAACGCGACGCUGCUGGGACACGAUUGUUUCGUGCUCAUGCCUACGGGAGGAGGUAAAUCUCUGUGCUACCAGCUGCCAGCUUUACUGACUCCGGGCGUGACAAUCGUGAUAUCCCCACUCAAGUCGCUGAUAUUAGACCAGGUCAACAAACUGCUGACACUCGACAUUCCAGCGGCACAUAUGUCUGGCGAUGUGAGUGCCCAAACAUGCGACGAGAUAUACCACAAGUUGUCAAUGAAGGAGCCGUUGCUGAAGCUGCUGUACACGACCCCGGAGAAGAUCAGCAUCUCGCAGAGGCUCCAGGAUAUGCUCGAUGCCUUGUAUGCGCGAGGGAAACUGGCUAGGUUUGUUAUCGAUGAAGCUCAUUGCGUGUCCCAAUGGGGCCACGACUUCCGGCCAGACUACAAGCGCCUCUCAAUACUCAGAGAACGGUACCCUAACACCAUAAUAAUGGCGCUGACAGCCACAGCCACUCCUCGGGUCCGGAUGGAUAUCCUUCACCAGCUGAAGGUGAAGAAGUGUAAAUGGUUUCUAAGUAGCUUCAAUAGACCCAACCUGACUUAUAAUAUAACACCAAAGAAACCAAAAAGUGCAAAUCAGGAUAUCGCUGCAGUCAUUAAGGAAAAAUUUUUCAGGCAGUCGGGUAUAGUGUACUGUCUGGCACGUAGAGAGUGUGAGACUCUGUCGGCGGAGUUGCGCAAGGAGGGCAUCCAGAGCGCGCCCUACCACGCGGGCCUCACCGACAAGAAGAGGAUCGAGGUGCAGGCUGGAUGGGUCGCCGACAAGUACAAAGUGAUAUGCGCGACGAUAGCGUUCGGCAUGGGCGUGGACAAGGCGGACGUGCGCUUCGUGAUCCACCACUCGCUGCCCAAGUCGGUGGAGGGCUACUACCAGGAGGCGGGCCGCGCCGGCCGGGACGGCGAGCCCGCCACCUGCAUCCUCUACUACUUCUACCAGGACGCCAUACGCAUCAAGAAGCUCAUAGAGCUGGAAAGUAAUACAACGGAGGAAUCGAAACGCGUUCACAUAGACAACCUGCUGCGUAUGUUAGAGGUGUGCGAGAGCGCCACAGAAUGUCGGCGGGCGCAGGUGCUCGCUUACCUCGGUGAGAAGUUCAGCCGAGAACAGUGCCUACGUGACAAGAGGACCGCGUGCGAUAACUGUCUGAAAAAGCACAAGUACAAGCUAGUGGACGUGACAGAAGAGUGCAAGCUAAUAGUGCGGAGUAUCAGAGAAAUGAAUACCAAUGGAAGGAGUCCCUACACCCUACUUCAAAUAGCGGAUGUGCUCAAGGGCUCCAAGCAAGCCAGGCUGCAAGCUCUGCAGAAUUCGCCUCUGCAUGGACGUUGCAAAUCGUGGAAGCGCGACGACCCGGUGCGGCUCCUGCGUCAUAUGGUCAUACGCGGGCUGCUGGCCGAAAAGCUCGUCAUCAACAACGACAUCACCAGCUCUUACUUGGUGCUGGGACCUAACGUCGAAAAUGUGAUGCGGGGCGGUCUCCGCGUCGUGCUCCCAAUGUUGGUCGAGGAAAAGGCGUCUCUAACGACUACGAGCGCGCCCGCUACGAGCGCUACGGUCUCACCCGCAGAUCCAUUGCUCAAACGCAUCGAGGAGCGCUGCUACGCAGACCUCGUAGAGGCUUGUCAUGAGAUGGCGGCCGCGCGCGGCGCGACGAUGGGCGCGGUGCUGCCGCAGGCGGCGCUGAAGGCCAUGGCCAGCGCGCUGCCCGAGGAGCCGGCCGCCAUGCUCGCCAUGCCCUACGUCACGCGCGCCAACUACGACAAGUUUGGCGCCAAGCUGCUCACGAUCACCAAAAUGUACGCCUAUGAAAGGAUCGGAGUUCUAAUGGAGCGAGAGGGUGAGAUGGAGCAGGAGCAGAAGAAAGAGAACGACUUCGAGGAUCCCGGGUCCGGCUCCGACACGGACUGGAGCCGCCUCGGGCGAGACGCAGACAAGUCCCGUAACUCUUCUACAUCUCGUGGAAGGAAGACUUACAGGGGUGGAGUUAGGAAGAACAGGAGACGGUAUCGCCAUAGAGGCACAAACACGUUCAAGCGCAAGGCGCCGUCGGCCGCCAAGAAGAAGGCGGCGCGCGGCGCGUACGCAGCGCGGGGACGCGCCGCGACGGGUCGUGGCACCGGGGCCAGUACCUCUAGCGGCGCCACCAAGUUGGGCAGCAUGCCGGUUCCCCGCUCCAACACCGCCGUACUUAACACGAGGCCGGGAGUCUUCAAUCCUUCGAAACUCAACCUUAUAUAA